AUCAGUACUCUCCUCUUUUGUCUAUAUAUUCACUAUCAGGCUUUCACACCUCUUGCAUGAUUGCAUCUCCAUAACAAACUUGUACCUGUUGCUAAAACACAGAGAAAGAUCAGAACAUGGUAGUUGCCGGACCAGGUAUCGGUGGUGGCGGCUCUGCUCUUCGGUGGACCGACAUGAAGGGCCUGAGCCUCCAAGUUAUCACCGGUCGGUGGUUCAUGGUGUUUGCCUCAUUUCUAAUCAUGUCCGCCGCAGGUGCCACCUACAUGUUCGGUGCCUACUCCAACGACAUCAAAUCCGUUCUCGGCUAUGACCAAACCACCCUCAAUUUGCUCAGCUUCUUCAAGGAUGUGGGCGCUAAUGUUGGCGUCCUCUCUGGCCUGAUCAACGAGGUCACGCCCCCGUGGGUGGUUCUGUCCAUUGGUGCAGUCCUCAACUUUUUCGGGUACUUCAUGAUAUGGCUUGCUGUGACCAAAAGAAUCUCAACACCCCAUGUUUGGCACAUGUGCUUCUACAUUUGCAUUGGGGCAAACUCGCAGUCUUUUGCCAACACUGGCUCCCUUGUCCCCUGCGUAAAGAACUUCCCGGAAAGUCGAGGCGUUGUGUUGGGGAUUUUAAAGGGAUACGUGGGUCUCAGUGGCGCUAUAAUCACACAAAUAUAUCAUGCUAUCUAUGGGGAUGACGCGAGGUCUUUGAUUUUGCUUAUAGGGUGGCUUCCUUCUGCUAUAUCUUUAGCUUUUCUUCGAACUAUUCGGUACAUGAAGGUCAUUCGGCAGCAGAACGAACUCAAAGUUUUCUACAAUUUCCUAUAUAUUUCACUCGGUCUUGCAGGUUUUUUGAUGAUUAUGAUCAUACUACAGAACCAAGUGACGUUCACGCAGGGUGCGUAUGGUGGCAGCACCACGGCAGUGGUUAUCUUACUCUUUCUCCCACUCGCUGUUGUUAUUUUGGAAGAGUAUAAAGUUUGGAACACCAAGAAACUAGAGAUGAAUAAUGCGGCACCCUUGAAAAUAAUCACUGAGAAGCUGAACCCAGAUCAGGCCGCCCCGUCUGCACCAGCAGCGUCUUCCGGUGCCACAACAAAUUCACUCCCCGAUCAACCGAGCUCCGAAAAGCAAGUUUCUUGUUGGAAAAAUGUAUUCAGGCCUCCAGACAGAGGGGAGGAUUACACCAUACUCCAAGCUCUUUUCAGCGCUGACAUGCUAAUUCUUUUCAUGACAGCAAUUUGUGGCGUUGGGGGAACGUUAACGGCCAUAGACAACUUGGGACAGAUUGGGAAAUCAUACAAGUACCCAAAGCAAAGCAUAAGCACUUUCGUGUCGCUCGUGAGCAUCUGGAAUUAUCUUGGACGCGUAGCCUCAGGAUUUGGCUCAGAAAUUGUUCUCAAAAAGUACAACUUCCCUCGGCCCCUCCUGCUCACUAUGACCCUCGUAUUAUCAUGUGCUGGUCAUCUUAUAAUCGCGUUCAACGUCCCGAAAGGACUUUACGUAGCAUCGGUUAUCAUUGGGUUUUGUUUUGGUGCACAAUGGCCAUUACUUUUCGCAAUAAUUUCUGAACUUUUUGGCCUCAAGUAUUACUCUACUUUGUACAAUUUUGGGUCGGUGGCCAGCCCUAUCGGACUAUAUUUGCUCAAUGUGAGAGUCACCGGGAAUUUAUACGACAAGGAGGCUGAGAAGCAAAUGGCAGCAUUGGGGCUGAAAAGGGAAGCUGGGAAGGAGUUAGAUUGUACUGGGGUCGAAUGCUUCAAGUUGUCUUUCAUUAUAAUUACGGCGGUGACUGUAUUCGGUGCAAUUGUAUCGUUCCUUUUGGUGCUCCGGACAAGGAAGUUCUAUAAGAGUGACAUUUAUAAGAAGUUCCGGGAACAGGCCGCUAAGGAGGCCGAGACGGAGAUGUCGAUGACCACAAAUGGUGCUGGACCAUCGUAGGCCAAAUUAUGGUGCAUUUAUAG